GUGCUAAACGCAUAAAUAAAUCACAACGUGGGUUGUUUUUUCUUCUGAUAGUAGAGAUAAGAGGGUUUACUGUUUUUUUUGUCCCGGGUCUCAUCAUCAGAUGAAAGUGAUUUUCGAAGAGCGGGACGGUAGGUUAUUUGUUGUUAUAAUCAGAAGGUUACAGAUAAUUCUUUUAAAUUCCCAAGAUAACAUCGGUUUUAUGUUAUUCUGAAUAUCAGUUUUAAUUCGAAUUUUAAAGUUAUAGAUAUUUUAGAUUAAAAUGGUUUAAUCACUACCAUAUACAUCACCUUUCCUUAUUUAAUUUCGUUAGUGAUCGUGACUUGCAGAUUAUUGAUAGUUAAUAUCUGUCAGAAUGCUUUUUUGUCCAGAAGGUGUUAAAAUAACUGAUAUUUGGAUUCAUCAUGGGAUAUCAGAUUGUUUUAUGGACACAGUCUCCGCUGCUAUUUUAGGUCUUCACAUAUUUUUAUUCGGAACAGCUCAAUUAUGGAUGUACAAGAAGUAUGGGUCAAGAAUUUCUUUACAAUCUCUUCCAGCAUCAUGGCUUUACAUACUUCAGAUGUUUUUAACUCUAUUGUUGAGUGUUAUAACACUUGUGAAACUGAUGGUACAUAUAUUUUUCUUAAAUCAAGGCGAAGUGUAUGGAUAUUUGAUAUUUUCUUCAGUCGUCAUGUUCGUAGUUUAUCCCUUUACUGCUGUCUUAAUAGUAGUUGAGCGAAAUUAUUUAUUACCAUCAUUACCAACACGGGGUCAUGGCUUAGUACUACUGCUCUUUUGGACUCUUCUUUUCAUCUGUGAAAAUCUCAUGUUCAUUAAUCUACAUAGAGAAGAUUGGUGGACUCAUCUAACGUUACCUCUUGAUAAAGUGCAGAUGGCCCUUUUUGUUACUAAAUAUGUUACUACACUCAUUGUAUUUGUUUUGGGCUUAAAAGCUCCAGGAAUAAUGACAUCUCGGGAUUACUUUAACUUAAAUGCUUCAAGCUACACAAUCCAGGGAAACGGCUUGGGACUCUCAUCACAAUCAGAAGAAGGUUCUACUUGGCGUAAUGUUUGGAAAAAAAUUAAGAUCCUCUCUCCAUUUUUGUGGCCCAAGAAAGAUUUCACUCUACAACUGAAGGUUAUCAUAUGCAUACUUCUCUUGAUUGCUGGGCGUAUAGUGAACCUGCUUGUUCCCAUGUACCAUAAGUAUAUUGUUGAUGAACUAUCUGCAUCAAAAUUCUGUUGGAAUCUUGUCCUUAUUUAUGUUGGAUUCAAAUUUCUUCAAGGAGGUGGUACUGGAGGAAUGGGUCUUUUGAACAAUUUAAGAUCAUUUUUGUGGAUCCGUGUACAACAGUACACUACUAGGGAAGUGGAGGUAGAACUGUUUGGUCAUCUACACAGCUUGAGCUUAAGAUGGCACCUAGGAAGGAAAACUGGAGAGGUGUUGAGAGUUAUGGAUCGGGGCACAGAUUCUAUUAAUAAUUUACUAUCUUACAUAAUAUUCAGCAUCAUGCCUACAAUCACUGACAUAAUUAUUGCAGUUGUUUUUUUCAUUGUAUCUUAUAAUAUUUGGUUUGGACUUAUUGUUUUUACAACAAUGGCUUUGUACAUAGUUGCAACAAUAUGUGUAACUGAAUGGCGCACAAAGUUUCAAAGGAGAAUGAACUUGGCAGAUAAUGCUACCAAAGCAAGAAGUGUGGAUUCCUUGUUGAAUUUUGAAACUGUUAAAUAUUAUGGUGCUGAGGAAUAUGAAGUAAAUGCAUUUCGAGAAGCAGUAUUAAAUUAUCAAAAUGAAGAAUGGAAAUCAAGUGUUACUCUUAACAUUUUGAAUACGCUUCAGAAUAUCACUGUCAGUUCUGGACUUCUUGCAGGUUCUAUACUGUGUGUUUAUUUGGUUGCUUAUCAAAAAGAUGGUUUUACAGUUGGUGAUUACGUUUUAUUUGCAUCAUACAUCAUGCAGCUUUAUGUACCUCUAAAUUGGUUUGGUACAUAUUAUCGUGCUAUCCAAAAGAAUUUCGUUGAUAUGGAAAAUAUGUUUGAUUUACUGACAGUGAGGCCAGAAAUCGUGGAUGCUCCAGGAGCACCUUCUCUUGUAAUCAGAGAGGGGUCUGUAGAAUUCAGGAAUGUAAAUUUCUCAUAUAAUGCAGAUAGAGAAAUUCUGAAAAAUGUUUCAUUCUAUGUUCCUCCAGGAAAAACUCUUGCUCUAGUUGGACCAUCAGGUGGUGGUAAGAGUACUAUUAUCAGAUUACUCUUCAGGUUCUAUGAUGUUAGCAAUGGAGAGAUCUUAAUCGAUGGACAAAAUGUGAGAGCCGUCAAACAGAUGUCAGUUCGUAAAGCAAUUGGAGUUGUACCACAGGACACAGUCCUCUUCAAUAAUUCUAUAAAGUUUAAUAUUCAGUAUGGAAAAGUUAGUGCCCCUGAAGCAGAUAUUGUUUCAGCUGCACAAAAUGCUGAUAUUCAUGAAAGAAUUUUAUCUUUCCCUGAUGCAUAUAAUACGCAGGUUGGGGAACGAGGUCUUAAGUUAAGUGGAGGAGAGAAACAAAGAGUAGCGAUAGCCAGAACCAUUUUAAAAUCGCCGGCUGUAGUUCUGCUCGAUGAAGCAACUAGUGCCUUAGAUACACAGACUGAGAGGAAUAUUCAGGCUGCUUUAGCGAAAGUUUGCGCUAAUAGAACUACUAUUAUUGUUGCACAUCGUCUUUCAACAAUUAUACAUGCUGACGAAAUAGCAGUCCUCAAGGAUGGCGAAAUUGUAGAAAGAGGAAGGCACGAAGAGCUUAUUACCCAAGGAGGUGAAUAUGCUCAAAUGUGGGAACAACAAUUACGCAAUGAUGCAGCUGGAGAGCGGAGAGGUUCCGUAGGUAGUAAUGAAGUAGAAACAUAAUAUGGUAUUUUAGUUUUGGUACCACUGUAUAUUAAAUGUUUUAUUGGUCCUUUGAGUUAGCUAUUAUUCUUUUCAAUAUUAGAGAAUGAAACUAAGGAAUCGUAAGCCUAGUUGUUUAUUAGAUCUUUGUAAGAAAGAAUUUGUUAUGAUCAACUGUUCAUUAAUUUGUUAUAUUUCCUAUAUUAUUAUGAUAUUUUAGAUAAUUAUUGACCAUUACAAUGGAUUUUAUAUUUUGAUAUUUGAGACUGCUCUUAUUUGAAGUUAUGAUUUUUAUUAAAUUCUUGAUGUAUGCAAACCUUUUAAAUUAUUGCAAUUCACAAAGUUUUUUCUUCUUUAAUAACAUCGAAUCACAUGCAUAUGAUUUUCACUAUACCUCACUAUAAAAUUCAUAAGUAAUUAGUGCAAGAAGAAUUUUCAAAAAUUAUUUUGUUUUAUUUUUAAGAUAUAUUGCAUCUGAAGUUCUUAUCUUAUUAAUACACCUCAUAAUCAUGAACAGUUUAACUUUUUUUUUUGUUCAGUUAAUUAUAUAAAUACGUUUUUAGUUUUUUUUUUUAAAUAUUGUUCAGUAUAUUCAAAAUCUUAUAGACAGAAAGAUUUUUGUCUAAUAAAAAAUCAAGUUUUAUGUAAAUUUGUUUGUUAUUUCAAGAUGAUCAAUGGCAAUGUAUUGAAUUUUAAUUUAUUGGACAUGCUAUGGGGUUCAACAGUUAUUUGAUAUUCCUCUCACUGAAGUAACUUUUUUUUUUUUUUCAGAAUAUCAAUUAUGAUCAAAUUAUGAAUUGAAUUAUUUUAUCAUUUAAUGUAAUCACUAUAAUUUGAUGAAUAUUGAUUUUGCUUGCUAAAUAACUUUUUUCAAUCAAGUCAACCUAUGAAUUUCUUUUAUAAAUUUUAAUUAGGUAUUUCAUUUUUCUUUUUGUUAUUUGAUGAAAUACUCAACUUUGGCAGAUGGUAUUCAGUUUGGGAAAAAGUUGAGAACAAUAGUAAGUUAGUGACAUUUUAAUUAAUAAUAGUUACUGUGGUGAUUUGGUAUCAUAUAGUGAGCAUAGUAUUAUCUUUUAUUAUUUUGUCAUGUCUUUAUAUUUCCUCAAUUUUGCAGCAAUAAUUCAUGAAUGUGUGGCUCUAAGUUUAUAAUUAUAUUAACUUUCUUAGUCUAUUUGUUUGUACAAUAUUAUUAAUUACAAGUAAUAUUCUUACUAGUAUUAAUAUUAACCACUUAUAUUGUCAAUGUUUAUCUCUCUAUUACUAUCGAUUGAAUGUUUACUUUUUUAUAGUGUUUAGUAGUGAACAUAUAGUUAUAUUUAAACAAUAAAUAUUCUUUGUGAUUUAUAUGUUUAUUAAGAUUUGUAUUAUCCAUUUGAGAUACCAAUAAUGACUGAGUAAUUUAUUGGAAAUGUUUAUGAAAAAAGGAGUAUGAAUUUUAGUAUAAUUUUGUCAUUUGUUAUCAAUUUAAUAGUUAUAAUAUAGAUAUUUAUAUUUUUAAUCCCUCCUGUUUAUUAGAUUAAUCCAUUUGAUAUAUAUUUAAGUUCAUGCCCAAUCACUUUAUUGCAAUAUAUUAAUGGUAUAUGCUAACUUGUUUCCUAUUAUUUAAUCAUUCUGAUUUAAAAUGUAUUAGUGUAAUUAUUAUAAAAAAAACAACUAAGAUUUGUUAUUUUAGUUUUUAAGAAUCAAUGAAAUAUGUAUAUUUUGAGUGAAAUAUAUGUGAAAUAUUUUAUUUAAAAAGUACUUACAAGUUCACUCCCUAUGUCUUGUCAAGUCUGUUCAAGUUUGCAUUAUUAACCUUAAUCACUAGCAAUAUCUUUUGUAAAAAAGGUCUCUACUUUUGUUUUUCUUUUUUUUAAUUUAUUUAUUUAUUUUUUUGUGAUAUUACACUUAUUGGCAUUAAACUUAUGCUGUAUGAUGAGAAAGAUACAAUUGUAAGUAAUGUAAGCAUUAGUAUGAUGUGUGACACUAUACUUUAGAUCUUAAUUUAAUGUUUUAACCAGGGUUUGAAAUCUAUAAAUUAUUUUUUUUUUUUACAAAAUCAUGUAAUAAUUAAUAUAUAAUAAUAAUAAUAAUAAAAGGCUUAGCGAACCCGAAGGUUCGAUGCCGACACCACCAAUCGCUUAUUACACACCUCCCUCCACCGUUCGCCUUCCAAACCCAGUCCCUUCAGAUCGUCUUUAAUGCAAUCUUCCCACCUUCGCUUCGGUCUACCCCUCGGACGCUUAUCAUUCGGCACAGCAAAUAUUAACCUUUUAGGAAUUCUCUCAUUACUAAUCCCAACAACUUUACAAGCCCAUUUGAUUCGCCCCGAUGAAAUUACCUCAAUUAUAUUACCCGGAUACAGUUCACGCAAUAAUUAAUAUAUAUGAUUUUUAAAUAAAAAUUUAAAUCGAUCUUUGAUGUUUAUUUAUUCAAUUAAAUGAUCAUUCACUGAGUGAUACGGUUUUACAUAAAUAAUAAUGAUUAAAUUGUGAUAAAAAAAAAAUAAAAAUCAUCUUUUACAUACUAAUUAAAUUAAAUGUUAAUAUGUAUGUAUACCUUGUUAAUGUACGCAUUUUAAAAUAUUGUUUUUCUGAAAUUGCUUUGAUUUUACUCACGGUACCUGCACUAUAUAUGUGUAUAAACCUAUUUUUUGUUUGUUUUUUGUAAGUGAAUAUUUCUGAUAAAUUAAAAAAAUAAAUAUGUUCUGUUGCUAAUUGUUGCUAAUUCUCUACCUACUACUUCAGACUCAAAAUAUAUCAUUGGGAUUACAAAAAAAACUUAUAUUUUAUUUUCUAUUUUACAUAUAUAUUAAAAAUUUUGAUCAGAUUUUAUUUUGAUUUUUUCAUUAUCGAUUUCAAACUCUGAUUUUAACCCAUUCAUCAUAGAUAAUUAAAUUGUGAGAUAAUAACUAAAAUUAGAAAACAAAGUAAAUAAAUACAAUUUAUCCAAGUGAAUUACUGAAUAUUUUUUUAUGAUGGAUUUCUUAGUGUUUGAGAAUAGUCUAUUUUUUUCUUUAAUUUCUUGUGUGGAACAUAUUUAACCUUAUUAGCAUAAAUACAAUCAUCUUUGGAAACGUUAAAUAAUUUAAAUGCUUUUAUCUUAUUGUCAUUAGAAAUAUUUGAGAGUUUCAUUAAUAAAAGAUAAGUGAAUACAAUAAAAAUUUACUAGUUUGUAAUUAAAUUAAAAC